UCUUGCGUCCCGCCGCCGUCAGAAGACGAAGACCGACGCAGCCUCUUCCAGCAUCAUCAUCUCCAACCUCCAUCAUCUCCCUUUUUUUUAUUGGGGAGUAAGCGGCGCUCACAAAAGCUGGAGUCUUUCUUCACCUCAGCACCCGAAUCUAACUUCCGACAUCAGCAUGUCUGACAAGAGCGAGCUGAAGGCCGAGCUGGAGAGGAAGAAGCAGCGGAUCGCCCAGAUCCGGGAGGAGAAGAAGAGAAAAGAAGAGGAGAAAAAAAAGAAGGACGGAGAAUCCAAACGUGGAGCCGAUGGCGGGCCGGCCGGCAGCGAGGACUCGGAUCUGGAGAGGAAGAGGAGAGAAGCCGAGGCCCUGCUCCAGAGCGUGGGCAUCACCCCCGAUGUCCCCCACGGUAAAUCUCAGCCCCUGAGGGUAGUAACAGAAGAUACGUGUCUGUUUCACUACCUAGUCCCCGCCCCCAUGUCUCCCUCCAACAAAUCAGUGGGCAGCGAUGCCGGGAGCCAAGAUUCUGGGGACGGAAACGCAGGACCAAGGACUUUGCAUUGGGACCCUGACCCAUCUACUCUGCAACUCCACUCCGACUCUGAGCUGAUGGGGCGUGGAGCGGUAAGACUUGGGAUGUCCAAACUGAUCCAGGUGGACAUCGUCCCAAAGGAAAUGGUGUCCUACUCCAAAGAAACGCAGACACCCACAGAGGCAUUGGCUCACCCCGAUCAAAAAGCCGAUGAAGAAGAGGACGAGGAGAUAAGUGCGCCCCCGUUGACAGAGGACGCCCUGGAUGAUAAAAAUGAGCAGAGCGAGCAGCAGGAGGAAGACACUCCCAAGGAGCUGACGGAAGAAGAGAAACUGCAGGUCCUUCAUUCUGACGAGUUCUUGUCGUUCUUCGAGCGCGGCAGCAGGAUCGUGGAGCGAGCUCUGGCUGAGCAGGUGGACGUCUGCUUCGACUACAGCGGGAGGGAUCUGGAGGAUAAGGAAGGUGACUUGCAGGCCGGGGCGAAGCUGGUCCUGAACAGACAGUUUGCGGACGAGCGCUGGACUAAAAACCGCGUGGUGACGUGCCUCGACUGGUCUCCUCAGUACCCAGAGCUGCUGGCGGCGUCGUACAACAACAACGAGGACGCCCCACACGAGCCUGAUGGCGUGGCGCUGGUCUGGAACCUGAAGUACAAGAAGGCCACUCCUGAGUACAUCUUCCACUGCCAGUCCGAGGUGAUGUCGGCCGGCUUUGCAAAGUUUCACCCUAACCUGGUGGUGGGCGGGACUUAUUCCGGGCAGAUCGUGCUCUGGGACAACAGGAGCAACAAGCGCACCCCUGUUCAGAGGACCCCCCUGUCUGCGUCUGCUCACACGCACCCGGUCUACUGCGUGAACGUGGUCGGCACCCAGAACGCCCACAACCUGAUCAGCAUUUCCACCGACGGCAAGAUGUGCUCCUGGAGCCUGGACAUGCUGUCCCAGCCACAGGACAGUCUGGAGCUGGUGUUCAAGCAGAGCAAGGCCGUGGCCGUGACCUCCAUGGCGUUCCCCGUGGGCGACGUCAACAACUUUGUGGUGGGAAGCGAGGACGGCUCGGUCUACACCGCCUGUCGCCACGGCAGUAAGGCGGGCAUCACGGAGGUGUUUGAAGGCCAUCACGGUCCUGUGACCGGCCUGAGCUGCCACAGCGCUGCAGGACCCGUCGACUUCUCCCACCUCUUCAUCUCCUCCUCGUUCGACUGGACCGUCAAACUGUGGAGCACGAAGAGCACCCGGCCCUUGUACUCCUUCGAGGACAGCUCCGACUACGUCUACGACUCCAUGUGGUCCCCCGCGCACCCCGCUCUGUUCGCCUGCGUGGACCUGUCCGGGCGGCUGGACCUGUGGAACCUCAACAACGACACUGAGGUUCCUACGGCCAGCGUGUGUGUGGAAGGGUCUCCCGCCCUGAACCGCGUCAGAUGGUCUCACUCUGGGAAGGAGAUCGCCACCGGGGACUCGGACGGACAGGUGCAGGUGUACGACGUAGGGGAGCAAAUCUGCGUGCCCAAAGCGGACGAGUGGACGCGCUUCGUCAGGACGCUGGCUGAAAUCAACGAGAACAGAGACGAAGCUGAAGAACUGGCUAACGUCUGAUCCUAUAACCCCCCCCCCCCACCACCCACCUACUAACCUACUCCUCUUCAGUACACUACACAUCUAUAGCACAUUGUACGACGCGGCCAGGAGAGCCGCGCUUCCUUCUCUGAUUUCCAGCUUUUCCUUCCACCUGAACUUGGGCCUGAGGAGACGUGCAGAGCUAGAAAGUUUUAGAUUAGAGAAAGAGCGCGCGCCAAGAGUUGGCUCGUAGCAGUCGUAGUUAGCAGAUGAAUUUAGGGGGGGCGGCACGGAGGUGACGUUCCAGCCUGAUCCGGACUUCCAGCUUUGAUUUCAUCCUCAGGGCUCCAGAAACUGCUCCUCUCCUUAGGCCUCGACCGCUAUUUUUUUACAUAUGCAAACCUUUGUACUUGCACCUUUUUAUUACCAUUUUGGGUGUUUUAGGUGAUAUUUUAACAGACACACUCACGCUGACUCGGAGGGCGAAGAGUAUGGAAAGUUGAGCCGGGACGGGACGAGCACAACGAACGUCCUCAAGCAUCCACGCUCUGGGGCUGGACAGGAGAGCGGCGCGCUUACCUUCUAAUCGCAACUAUAUUUAAUAUUUAUUACUGCGGCUGCACUUAUUUAAGGAUUUUAUUAUGCUAAAAAAAGUGUUUCUUUGUAUCAAGUACAAUCUGGAGUUUGGCUCUGCAAGCUUUGAAUGUGUUUCUAGUUUGAAUUUUCCUGACGCUACGAUCCUCGUUUCCUGUAACCACGAUUAACGCAUUAUUCUGCGCCCUUGUACUAAAAAGCAGGAGCUGUUUAUUGACUUGUUCUCUUGAAGAGAAAUGUAAUACAUGUUUUAAACGAAGGCACCCCUGAGAGACUGGAAACUCGUCCUUCUGGAGAUGCACCAAGAGUUUUUGUCUGAUUCAUCGGUCCGAUCAGCCACGUGGAAAAACUUGGCCUGGCUCCGAUCACUGAACACAUUUACGUGCUUCCGGGUCGGGCCUACAGCAACGGCCUAAGGUGCGGAUGCUCCUGCUGAGCGGAGACUCCGAGGUUAGCAAUUGUCGGUCUCAGAGAGGGAUUUAAAAAAGGAACGGAGGUUAAAAUGUUAUUUUAAAAGGAGACGGUUUUCUACAGCACGCAGUCUCGGCUGUUAAAGAGAGCAAAACUUUAUGAAGGGAACAGGAAGGCUGCGUUUACAGACAAGCUGCUCUUUUAUGGAUGGGUUCAGCAAUUUCCCUCUGGGAUUAUUAAAGUAUGUCUCAUUCUGAAGGUGCUGGAUUUGGAAAUGUUGGCGGUCCUUUGGAAAUCUCAGCUCAGCUCACACACACGCAAAGAGGCUGCGGUUGUGUUUUCAUGUGAGAAAAAUCUCUUUCUACAGGCGCUGCUUUCACACACGGCGUGAACUUUACGCCUCCGCUCCUAAUAUAAUUGAUUCUGGAAAAAUAAAUCAGACAAAAAAAAUUGGUGCAUCUUCCCUUUUUUUUUUAACCCCUCGUUCAUUCCAUGAUGCAACAUCCAACCCUGAGCUAAAGCGGCAGCCAUGUUCGGUGUACUACACACGCAGGAUGAGUUCUUUCCAAACAUCAUUGUAUUGUAACGAUGUUCCUGCUCUCACUUUUUCAUUGAAAUAAAAAAUAAUAAUAAAAAAAAA